AUCUCACACAUUCUUUUCUCGUCCCAAUAAUAAUUCUUCCCAUUCACGUCUACGUACCUGGUGCGUCGAGCUCCCUCCGGGACCCGGGCUCACUCCGUCGUCGGCGGCGUCUCGCAACUCAUUGCCGGGGCUUCGCGUGUCUCGGGAGCGCCGUUCGAUCGUCGAGUGCGCGCACGUGCGUCCUCCCUCGCGACGAGCGAACGACGCGCGCCGGAUGGCGGCAUCCUCGCGCGCAGUCACCCUCGUCGCCGCGGAAACGAUCGUCAUCUCGAGCGACCGCGCUCCGGGAUCUCUUCUUCGGGGAAUCGAAGGUAUGCAUACUCAACGUACAUAUAUAUGCAUACAUUCAGGAUUGAAGGAUGAUUAAGUUGAACACAAACAUUCAUCCGAGUUUAUCGGAAAUAGUAAUAGAAACAUUGCGACGCAGAAAUAUAAUUACAAUCGUGGAUUUUGUCACGACAGAUCCAAUUAAAUUGGCAAUCUUUAUCGAUCUUUCACAUAUGGAGAUAUUGCAAAUUAAGAAACACAUAUUAAAGAAUCAUGGUGGCAUCAAGAGGAAUGCGAUUGAAAUCUUUAAAAUAGAACGCAGAUAUAUUUCGACCAAUAUAAAAUGUUUGGACGAAUUACUGAAAGGUGGUCUGUAUCCUGGACAGUUGUGCGAACUAUGUGGACCAUCAUCUUCCGGAAAGACACAAUUAUGUUUGACAAUAGCCACUAUUGCUGCUAUUCGAUCAGACAUCACUGUAUGGUACUUGGACACGAAAAGAGAUUUUUCCAGACUUCGAUACGAAGAGAUUCUAAAGGCAAGAAACUGUAGGCAAGAGGUUAUAGAAGACACAUUGCGACGUACAAAAGUCUGUUAUAUAAGUUCAUUCUGUGAAUUAAUACGAGUUUUGCGCGAAUUAGUAACUAUCUUUAAAACGGAGCAAAAUAAUAUGUCGCUCGAAGGAAGAAGAAAUUAUCUCGUAAUUAUUGAUUCUUUACCAGCAGUUAUCUUUAAGAUAACGCGAGAAGCGCAACAGCGUGAUCUUGAAACGACUUAUGAGCUCGACGAUUUGGCCGAGGCGUGUCGAUUUCUCACGAGAGAAUGCCAGGCAAUUGUGAUCACGGUGAACUCAGUUACUCAAUGGAAUUCCUCCGAUCAAAUAAACCCUGGCACUAUAACACCAGCAUUAGGAAAAUACUGGGCAAGAGUACCAGUCACGAGAUUACUGGUAAGGAGACAACACGGUGAAACUCGAAAAAUUACUGUUUGGAAAGAUCUAAGAUUAGAGAAGUUAUCUUGCAUACUCUUUUCGAUUGAUAUCAGAAUGAACGUGAAGAGAUAUAUUCAUCCGAGGAAUAAAUACAAGAAACCGCCCGAUUACAAGCAACUCGCGCUCUUGUAUCCGGAGUUUCGCGAAAUUGCGAUCAUGGACAUUACGGGAAAAGUCAGAAUUGAUUUUCAAAAUAAGAAGAGUCUGUGUGUACUUACAGAAACACUUUUGAAGCACGAUUUUGAUCUACAUGUGAGCAUUCCACCAAAUAAUCUGAAUCCAGCAAUCACUCUGCGCAUGAAUUAUGUUUUAUGGAUAGAAGAUUUGAUGAGGCACUUCAAACUGGAAAUGGAUCAGAUCACUGGAAUUGACAUCGGGACAGGGGCAAUUUGUAUAUAUGCUCUGUUGCUGGCAAAAGUCUAUAGAUGUCACGUAAUUGGCACAGAAGUGGAUAAGAAAAGCGCAAGGCAUGCAGAGAACUGCGUAACAAGAAACAACUUGCAAAAUUUAAUUAAAGUAGUUACAGUAAAUUCCGAUAGAAUUUUUAAGGACGCGAUAGAAGAUGAUAAAAUUUACGACUUUUCGAUGUGCAACCCGCCAUUUUUCGAGAGCGAUGGCGAUGAUGAAAAAAUCGCGAAAGUUUUGCCGCCGAGAAAUGCGCCUAGUGGAAAUGAUAGCGAAUUGAAAACCAUGGGUGGUGAAAUAGCUUUUGUAACAAAGAUGAUCGAAGAAAGUAUUGAUUUAGGAAAUCAAAUAAAGAUCUACAGUACAAUGAUCGGCAAGAAAAUCGAUCUGUUCAGUCUCAAAAAACUAAUAAGAUCGAAAAAUAUAGAAAACAUAACGUGGACGGAGUUCUGUCAAGGUCACACAACACGAUGGGGUUUGGCUUGGAGCUUCUUACCGAAAAACAUUGUAGAUCUGAGUAGUGCACCUGUAAUCAGAAAAAGUGGAAAAUCCAUCAUACAGUCUUUAAAAAAAGAUUCUAAAACUUCGAUAACAUUUCCUAUUAAUGAUAAAUUUUCUUGUAUGGAGGAUUUAAUCAGUUUUUUGAAAACAACAAUAGAAGAAUUAAAUAUUAGUUUACAAGAACUGUCCAUUCCUGAAGACAGUGUCGACUGUUGGUCGGGUCGAAUAAUUGCUAGAGAGAAAUCGUGGGAACAUGCGCGCAGGAAACGACGUUUAGCGCAACAAGAGAUGAAAUUGAAAAGAGUUAAGGAUGAAGAAUGUAUUGAAACGAAUGUAGAAAAAAUUUCGACAUCUAUCAUAAAAGAACCUAAUGAUAUUGAGCAAGCUAAUAAACAUUCUUUUGAUCAAACGUCAACAGUUAGGGCCAAAAAUGAAGAAAGUUCUCAUAAAAAAGUACUUGAAGGUGUACCUUUGCUUACUUGUAAGCUCUGGAUUGAAACUGAAAGCUCGAAAUACGAAGAGACAAUUGUUCAGGAUGAUGUAUUCAGGAUAUGGAUGAUAUUUGAAAAUGGAAGUGAUGGUUUAAACGCAUUACAGUCAUUACGACAGUAUUUGAUAAACAAAUUGGAUGUAAGAGAAAAGAUUCUUAACAAUUCAUCAAAAUCUGUUAAGAAAAGGAAAGAUAGGAAAACGAAAAAUUCUAACAAAGAUAUCACUAUUCCAUUGGAACAAUUAUAGUAUUGAAUAGCAAAGAUCUGUUUGGAUAAUAAGCAAGACCUGUAGAAAGAUUCGAAAAUGUUUAAAGUAGAAGCUGUUAUACUUAUAAAACGAUUUAUUUCAUGCAACAUGUUAAAGUCUGCUGUAACAGGAUGAUAUAUGUAAAUCAAGUUUGUAACUUUUUUUGUGUAUAAUAUAAUAAACCUUAUGAUUAUUA